AUGGGAGCGAAUACAGAUGAAGCUGAAGAGCACCACCAGCCCAAGCAACCGCAUUUGGCCACUCAAGAUGCCUCGACAGUUGACCCUGCCAAAUUGACAGCUUUGACUCCAGAAGUGAUUUCUCGUCAAGCAACCAUUAACGUGGGCACCAUUGGUCAUGUUGCUCACGGCAAAUCCACUGUGGUCAAGGCAAUUAGUGGAGUUCAGACGGUCCGAUUUAAGAACGAACUCGAGCGCAAUAUCACCAUCAAAUUGGGAUAUGCCAACGCCAAAAUCUACCAGGGUAUUGCCAAUGAAGCCAGUGGUUUGGGCACCAAAGGAUCUGCGUACACCUCUCGUGGUUCCUCUCAUGCUGAUACUUUCGAAGAAAACGGCAUGACGUUCAAGUUGCGUCGACAUAUCAGUUUUGUCGAUUGUCCCGGGCACGAUAUUUUAAUGGCUACCAUGCUAAACGGAGCGGCUGUCAUGGACGCUGCCUUGUUGCUUGUGGCCGGUAACGAAACCUGUCCGCAACCACAAACCAGCGAGCACUUGGCUGCCGUCGAAAUUAUGAGGUUGUCCCAUAUCAUUAUUCUUCAAAACAAGGUAGAUUUGGUCAAACCAGAUGCCGCCCUGGCCCAACAGGAACAAAUUCGAAAGUUUGUCGCUGGAACUGUGGCUGAUUCGGCGCCCAUUUUGCCCAUCUCGGCUGUCCUCAAGUACAAUAUGGACAUUCUUUGUGAAUAUCUGGUCCGUCGCAUCCCUCUACCUCUUCGUGAUUUCACCAGUGUCCCCCGUCUCAUUGUCAUUCGAUCCUUUGAUGUCAAUCGUCCCGGACAAGAUGUGUCCAACCUACAAGGAGGUGUUGCAGGAGGAUCCAUCUUGCAAGGUGUGCUCAAAAUGGGUGAUGAAAUCGAAGUCAGGCCUGGUAUUGUCACAAAGAAGGAAAAGGAAGGAGCAGCAGGUGAAACUACCAUGGUUUGUUCUCCGAUCUAUUCUCGAAUCUCAUCUCUUUAUGCAGAACAGAAUGACCUUCAAUUUGCCGUUCCUGGAGGGCUGAUCGGUGUUGGAACACGCAUUGAUCCCACAUUGACCCGUGCUGAUCGUUUGGUAGGACAGGUUUUGGGAAUCAAGGGCAAGCUCCCCCAUGUGUUUGCCGAAAUUGAGAUUUCCUAUUACCUGCUGCGUCGUUUGCUGGGUGUCAAAACCAGUGAUGGUGGCAAGCAGGCCAAGGUUCAAAAGUUGACGAAGAACGAAAUUCUCAUGGUGAACAUUGGUUCAACCGCCACUGGCGGAAGAGUUGUAGCUGUCAAGGGUGAUUUGGCCAAGGUUGCUCUGACUCAACCUGUUUGUACAGAAGAAGGAGAAAAGAUUGCCCUGAGCCGCCGUGUGGACAAGCAUUGGCGUUUGAUUGGUUGGGGACAAAUCCGAAAGGGAAGCAAAAUUGAGGUCGAAGAAGUCUAG